AUGGGCUCGAUUCUUCCUUCUUUCUUUGACAGUGUCACCUACACGCCCCCGGAUCCCAUCUUCGAGCUCACCAAAACCUACAAUGCGGAUCCAAAUCCAUGCAAAGUAAACCUCGGACAAGGCACAUAUAAAGAUGAAAAUGGCAACUCUUGGAUCUUGCCGGCUGUGCGAGAAGCCAAGGAGAAAAUCAAGGACGCGAACCAUGAAUAUCUCCCGAUCCUGGGGCUUCCUUCGUUUCGUGCACUGGGUACGGAGUUGGUAUUUCGGAGGAAGUCUGCGGUUGUUAGGGAAGGAAGGGUAGCAUCCUGCCAAGCGCUGUCCGGCACAGGAGCACUGCAUAUCGCAGGAAAAAUGCUAAUCCAGGCACUUGGUAGCGACAAGACCGUAUACAUCACUAAGCCCAGCUGGUCUAACCACCGCCAGGUCUUCGAAUCCCUGGGAUUCGCAGUGCGCGAGUUCAAAUAUUCCUCCAGCACCGGCAUCGACAUGGAAUUAUUCCUUAAAACCCUCAACUCAGCACACCCAGGAUCCAUCUUCGUUUUCCACGCCAGUGCCCACAAUCCAAGUGGUUGGGACCCCAGCCCUGAGCAAUGGAAACAGAUCGGUGCAAUUGUCAAGGAACGGCAGCUUUUCCCUUUGUUUGAUGCUGCGUAUUUGGGAUUGACGUCGGGGGAUUACGAGCGAGAUGCCUUUGCUAUUCGGUAUUUUGCUGAGGAGCUUGGUCUUGAGAUUGGAGUGUGUGUUUCGUUUGCCAAGAGUAUGGGUCUUUACGGCGAGCGUGUCGGACUGUGCUGCCUUGUUCCGCAGACUAGUACGACUGCAACUGCUGUUGAGUCGACUUUGGCUCAAUUGAUCCGGGUUGAAAUUUCAAACUCACCUGCAUUUGGUGCUCGCAUUGUGGCUGCAGUCCUAGAAGACGAGGGUAUCUAUGCAGAAUGGAAACGAAAUCUUGUCACGAUGAGUUCUCGAAUUGCGGAAAUGCGGUGGCAAUUGUACCAAGGCUUGAGGGAAUUGGGUACGCCUGGAGACUGGGGACGCAUAACUGAGCAGAAGGGAAUGUUUUGUAUUUUGGGUUUGACGCCUGCUCAAGUUAACCAUUUACAAAGUAAGGUGUCUAUUGCUGGGCUCAACUGGAAGAAUGUCCGUUAUGUGGCUGACUGCAUAGACAAAACAUUGAAGGCGAAUACUUGA